AUGGUUGGGAGAUACAGCCCCAAACGGACCGAUCUGGACUCCAACCGGACCGCCGGUUUCGGGCUCGUCACAAACAUCAUCAACGGCGGCCUGGAAUGUGGCCGCCCCAACAGCAGGAUCGCUUUCUUCCGAAGAUACGCCAACUUGCUUAACGUGGAUGUCGGCUCCAACUUGGAUUGUGAGAAUCAAAAGCCCUUCUAG